AUGUGUUCCCUGGUGAGCGGAAGUAAUCUUUUGUCCAUAUUCACCAUGAUACUCAUUGGGAAUUGCUAUGCUAAUCCGGUUCUGAAAUCGGCACCGGGCAUAGAAAUUCUUCCGGCAGCUUUUUCUAAUGGGAAUGAACCAAAUUACAUUAUAGUGGAUGAUGGUAACAGACCAACGUUACCAGACCCAGUGAUAGCGAAACUUUCGCAAUUUCCAGUAGAAAUCACAACACAGCAACCAAUUGUGUAUCAUCCAGCACUCCAACCAAUCCAGCCUCAGCAACCACUACAGAUCCGGUACCAACAACUCCAGUCACAGCCCCAACAGGUUCAGUAUCAACAACUACAGCCACAACAAAUUUGGUAUCAACAAAUGCAGCAAGUGGUUUAUCAACAGCCUCGACAACUUCAGUACCAACAAACAACGUAUCAACCACAACCGACGGCCUACUAUUCGCAGCAACCUGUGCAGUACGUGCAACCAGUGUAUGCGUACUCACCUUACAAUACUCAGCCAGUCCGCCCAGUUGGCACCCGACCGGAUGCGCAAUCUUCAACUCCUAGUUUUUUCGACACAAUCGCUCGUGUAUUCGGUCUCAAUACUGGAAGUAGCUCAAGAACCACGGGGCCUUCUAGGACCUCCUCAUCCGCAUUGGGACUUUUGGGUAGUGCUUUAGGACUUGGAUAG